GAAGACGGCGGAUCUGAGCGGAAGUGCGGCUGAGCCGGUUUCCGGGGUUGCUGGUGUGACGUGUCCCGCGCCUGGCGCAGCAGGAAGCGGCGGCGAUCGCGGCCUGAGUUCUCUGUGCCGGCCCCAGUUGUUCUCCCGCUGCCGCCAUGCUAGACUUCUUCACCAUUUUCUCCAAGGGCGGGCUUGUUCUCUGGUGCUUUCAGGGUGUGAGCGACUCUUGCACUGGGCCGGUUAACGCGUUGAUUCGUUCCGUGCUGCUGCAGGAGCGGGGAGGUAACAACUCUUUCACCCAUGAGGCACUCACACUCAAGUAUAAACUGGACAAUCAGUUUGAGCUGGUGUUUGUGGUUGGUUUUCAGAAAAUCCUAACACUGACAUAUGUGGACAAAUUGAUAGAUGACGUGCACCGGCUGUUUCGGGACAAGUACCGCACAGAGAUCCAACAACAAAGUGCUUUAAGUCUAUUGAAUGGCACUUUUGAUUUCCAAAAUGACUUUCUGCGGCUUCUUCGUGAAGCAGAGGAGAGCAGUAAGAUCCGUGCUCCCACUGCCAUGAAGAAAUUUGAAGAUUCUGUUAAGGCCAAGAAACCUGUGAGGUCCAUGAUUGAGACACGGGGUGAAAAACCCAAGGAAAAAGCAAAGAGUAGUAAAAAGAAAGGGACCAAGAAGGAAGGUUCUGAUGGCCCUUUGGCUACCAGCAAAGCAGUCCUUGCAGAAAAAUCAGGUCUUUCAGUAGGACCUGAAAAUGGAGAACUUUCCAAGGAGGAGCUGAUACGCAGGAAGCGAGAAGAGUUCAUUCAGAAGCAUGGAAGGGGUAUGGAGAAGUCCAGCAAGUCCACGAAGUCAGAUGCUCCAAAGGAGAAGGGCAAAAAAGCACCCCGGGUGUGGGAACUGGGUGGCUCCACCAACAAGGAAGUCCUGGAUUACAGUACUCCCACGACCAAUGGAACCUCUGAGGCUGCUUUGUCUGAGGAUAUCAACUUGAUUCGAGGGACUGGGCCUGGGGGGCAGCUUCAGGAUCUGGAUUGCAGCAGCUCAGAUGAUGAAGGGGCCGCUCAAAAUUCCACCAAGCCUAGUACUACCAAGGGGACCCUGGGUGGCAUGUUUGGGAUGCUGAAGGGCCUCGUGGGGUCCAAGAGCCUGAGUCGUGAAGACAUGGAAUCUGUGCUGGACAAGAUGCGAGACCAUCUCAUUGCUAAGAACGUGGCUGCAGAUAUUGCUGUCCAGCUGUGCGAAUCUGUUGCCAACAAAUUGGAAGGGAAGGUGAUGGGAACAUUCAGCACGGUGACUUCCACAGUAAAGCAAGCGCUACAGGAGUCCCUGGUGCAGAUUCUGCAGCCACAGCGUCGUGUAGACAUGCUCCGGGACAUCAUGGAUGCCCAGCGACGCCAGCGUCCUUAUGUUGUUACCUUCUGUGGUGUUAACGGAGUGGGGAAGUCUACUAAUCUCGCCAAGAUUUCCUUCUGGCUGUUAGAGAAUGGUUUUAGUGUCCUCAUUGCUGCCUGUGAUACAUUUCGUGCUGGGGCAGUGGAGCAGCUACGUACACAUACCCGGCGUUUGAGUGCCCUACACCCACCAGAGAACCAUGGUGGCCGUACUAUGGUGCAGUUGUUUGAAAAGGGAUAUGGCAAGGAUGCUGCUGGCAUUGCCAUGGAAGCCAUUGCCUUUGCACGUAACCAGGGAUUUGAUGUGGUGCUGGUGGAUACGGCAGGCCGCAUGCAGGACAACGCACCCCUGAUGACUGCCCUGGCGAAACUCAUAACUGUCAAUACACCUGACUUGGUGCUGUUUGUGGGAGAGGCCUUAGUGGGCAAUGAAGCCGUGGACCAGCUGGUCAAGUUCAACAGAGCCUUGGCUGAUCAUUCUAUGGCUCAAACACCUCGGCUCAUUGAUGGCAUUGUCCUUACCAAAUUUGAUACCAUUGAUGACAAGGUGGGAGCUGCUAUUUCUAUGACGUAUAUUACAAGCAAACCCAUCGUUUUUGUGGGCACCGGCCAGACCUACUGUGACCUACGCAGUCUCAAUGCCAAGGCUGUGGUGGCUGCCCUCAUGAAGGCUUAAUGUGGCUCUUGCCCAAUACCAAAUCGCCGCAUCUCCCCACAAUCCCCUAUUCCUGUAUCAAGAAUGUGCUUUAGAGUAUGAGAGCAACUUGUCUUCAGUGUAAUACAAAGGCAGAGUGAGAGGAACUCCAGGGGCUUGUGGCUUUAACCACAGUCCUGGUUCAGCCUAGCCUCUACCUGCAAAGAGGGCCUAAUCAUGUUACAAUCACUGCCCACCGACCCCACCCCCACGGGCCUCCCCCUUCCUACUCAGGCAUCCCCUUCACUCUGCUUACAGAUAGCUUUGACUCAUUACAGCUUUGACCAAUAGUUGGGAGUCCUGACACCAGAGCUUUGCUAACUAGCAUGGUCAUAGAGCCAGUCUGAGCCUAAUGAGCAGUUUGAAGUCCUAGCUCCAUUAGGUUAACAGACUUCCAAAGCCAGCUCUGGAUCUUAAAUGGCACCCCUCUCUAGGAUAUAUAGCUUGUGGGUCCCUGGGGGCAGGGUGACAACCACCUCACUGUGGCAAUGUAUGGCCUGUUAAUUGCUGCUAAUUCUAGUAUGUCUCCUACCCCAUUGUUUCCUCCAAAUACCAACUAGGCCAGAGUGAUUUGUUACAGAUAAAAGAUGAGUCCCACCUCCCUUAGGAAUAAGGGAGCUGACUGCAGUGUUGUGUUGGGCUUCUUCCCAAAUCCAGAUAGAAGCUUUGCAUGUUCCCCUUCCUGGGAGAAAACCAACUGUCAGAACGGUGUAUGUUGCCCUUGCCCCAUCCCCUUCACUUCUUGAGUGGUCCUGGCUUUUCCUCACUCUCUACAGUGCCUGUAGACAAGUGCUACAUGAAGAAUACAAAUCUCUUGUUAAGACUUGUCCUGUAGCUUGGUAUUACAGAUGUGCUAUUAGUGCAAUAGGUGAAGGCUGUCUGCCCAGAGAAGUACAUAAUUUAUAUAAGAAAAUAAAUUUGAUAAAUAAUUGCC